AUGCUCUUUUCAUUCCAUCUGAUGCACAUGAAGCCUCAAUACGAAACCUGGAGCUCAAAGAAGAUAAGUGUUAUGAAGGUUUCAGGGUCGAUUAAAACUAAAAGCUUUGCGAACGCUCGUUUCAAGGUCGCUCGGGGAGCUGGGAGUUCUCUGUUUGAGUUCACACUCGUAGACCUAUUAUGCCUGAAUCCCUACGACUGGAUAUCUUUGGAGAUAGGAAAGUGGGAUAUAGAUAUAGCGGUGGUACUCCGAAAGAAGCCAUCUGUGCUGCCUACGGAAGCUCCAAAAGACUUUCGGAGGAUGAAGUUGGGGAGGAUUCGGAAAGAUGGCUGGUGUAUGACUUUUCAAAUCAAAGAAAGGUUUGAUGUUGAUUAUCACAGAGUCUGCUUCUACCUUUCGGAAAAGCAUCUUUACUCCAUUCCCUGCCUGCAAUACAUCAUGGAGUUUAUGGGUCAAUGCCUAAACUGGUACAUUGAGGUUCUCAAGACCUUUCUAAACAUAAUGCCUAAAUUUUUUGAAGUUUAG